CUGGGUCUGCCUAGUUUUGGGGAGGGACAAAAUGCGAGGGAACAGGAGGACUGAACAGAAAAUAGUCCAACACAUGGAGAGGGCAUUUGGAAUAGUUGAAUGAAUGACAUAUGGGCAAGUUUGUAAGUUGACAGAAGAAUUGAGCAAUGCGUGUUUUGCAAGUUAUUCUUUUAAAAUAUUGAUUUUGUUGGUUUUAGGGUAACGUAUCGUGAUGUAACGUGGCUAGCCAGCUACAGUAGUUGAAGACUUUGAACAGAACACGAUACAGUGGGACAGUGAGCGCUUUAGCUCGCAACACCUCAGUGAACUGCCAGCUUUGCUAGACUAGCAAGAACACUUCUCUUUCAGUUUAUCUUUACUCUUCUUUACGCUGUCGUCGAAUUUGUCUUACAUUUCACAGAUAAGCUUGUUGCUAACGGUUUGAUACCUGUCAAGUUUAACUUGUGGUUGUUGGACAUGGUUUUCAAUAACAGCUAGCUAGCUAAAGUUAGUCAGCCAUCAUUAAUUUGUAUUUUUCAACGUUGGACGGACUGAAUGUUCACCUUUGGGAUACUUAACGUUACUGUCAGUAAACAGCAACAAUACAACAUCAACGUUGUAUUUUAAACAAGAGACAAUAUGCAAAAGUUCAACUCGACACACACUAGUACUCUUCCUCGGGACGCUGAGCUUCAGCAGCGUUUAGCCGACAACGGGGGAGCCGGGGAAGCGAUGAAGGAAAACGGCGCUGGGAAGAAUCACAUCCUUGCAGAACCUGCAGACAGUUCACUCUGUACCAAGAGAAAGAUGCUGGUCGGCCUGGAUGUUUUCUGUCUGUUUGUAGUCUCCAUCCCGUUCUUUGCGUGUGAGUUAAAGGCGGUGACUCCGUACCGGAGGGGUUUCUUCUGUGGGGACCAGAGCAUCACCUACCCCUACCUGGAGAGAGAGGCCAUCCCUGACGCACUGCUCAUCGCUGGGGGCAUCGUCAUCACUGGCCUCACGAUUGCGCUGGGCGAGUGUUACCGGGUUCGUUUCCGUGAGGUGCAAUCGCGGGCCUUCGUGCGCAACUGCUACGUGUCCUGCCUCUACAAGGAGCUGGGCAGCUUCCUGUUCGGCUGCUGCGUGGGCCAAUCACUGACCAACAUGGCCAAGCUGAGCGUGGGGCGUCUGCGACCUAACUUCCUGUCGGUGUGCAACGUGACAUACGCCUCGCUCAACUGCGUCCCCGGCUCCUACGUGGCCCAGGUCACCUGCAGGCAGCCCAAACACAAGAUGGUGGAAGAGGCCAGGAAGUCCUUUUUCUCUGGCCAUUCCUCUUUUGCCAUGUACACCAUGCUCUACCUGGCGUUCUACUUGCAGGCACGGUUGUCAUGGCGAGGGGCUCGUCUGCUGCGCCCGCUGCUGCAGUUCCUGCUGGUGAUGAUAGCCGUGUACACCGGGCUGAGCCGCAUCUCCGACUACCGCCACCACCCCACCGACGUGAUCACCGGCUUCAUCCAGGGAGGCCUCACCGCCUACUGGGUGGCCUUCUAUAUUUCCUCCAUGUUUAAGAACAACCGUCCAGACCUGUCUCCCACCAGCAUGUCUCUGGAGAGCCCCCUGUCCAGCCAACAGACCGUCUGCUAGCACCACCUGCCCCAACACACCCCUCCUCACCUACCUGGAUGGAUGGGGGAUGGGAGAAAAGACAGAAAGAGAAAGAGAGGGAGAGACAGUCAGAUAGCAGAGGUGAGCAGCACAUGGAGGGACAGGGAGGGAGAGAAGGUGUGUGAAAAGGAAGGGGGAUGAGAUAAGAGGUAGAGCAGGUAAAGAGCGUUCUAGCAAGUACAAACAUGCUCUGAUGAAUACGUCAAGACACGCACACACACGCAGUGCCACCUCUCUCUCACUAACACACACUACCAUCUAACACACACCAAAUCACUGUAGAGUACAACCCGUCCACAUGGAGAUAUGCAUAGUAAUUUUACAGAUAUUUUUGUAUUCGAAAAACGACAAAUGUUUCUAUUUUUCAAAUGAGAGUCGUAGAUGAAGCUGCUAAUGAUAAUGAUUUGUUCCUGUUCUUAGUAGAAUAUGUUUUAUAUGUGAUGGUGGUUAGUGGGCAGUGCAUUAGGUUAGCUCUCACAAACACACGGUCAGUCAGUGUCUCUAAAUUAUCUUCAUUGGUCGUCACUUCGUUGGUCAUCCUCUGACCAGCCUGGAUGAUGAUAUCAUCAGCUGGACUCCACUUCUUCAGCUUGACGUCCCCUGACUCUAAUUCUGUGGAUGUCUCAUUGACGUUCCCUGACUCUAAUUCUGUGGAUGUCUCAUUGACGUCCCCUGACUCUAAUUCUGUGGAUGUCUCAUUGACGUUCCCUGACUCUAAUUCUGUGGAUGUCUCAUUGACGUCCCCUGACUCUAAUUCUGUGGAUGUCUCAUUGACGUCACCUGACUCUAAUUCUGUGGAUGUCUCAUUGUGUGAAACGAGACAGUCAGAACUGAACUGUUAUUUCAGACCUCUACACGGAACAACAGCGCUGCAUGGAGUGACAAACCCUGGCAACCAAAUAAGGAACAAGCACUGGCCUCGUGUGCCCUCUUUACCAGUACCCUCUCCAUCCUUCACCCUCUAACUACACAGCAACUAGUAGAGGAUGUCAUGGACAAAGACAAAAGAGAACACUUUGUAUUAAACCAAGUAUCUUAUCUUAACUUCAGUUACCCAGGAGUGAUAGGGUGGAAAUCUGCUUUGCCCAGGUUACGUCCCCUCCCCUUCACUCCCACGCUUUUCCAUGUCUGUACUCUGUACUAACCACUUAUUACUGUGUCUCAGAGGCGGAGCUAUGACUGAACCCUGUAACCUUUGACCUAUUACCCUGACCUCUGAGCUGCACCUUGAGUUAUGCCACUCUUACAGGGGAGCCAAAAUGUCUGCCUCGUGUUGCCUAUGGCAGAGGUCCCCUGUAUAUUCCUAUUAAUAGCACUUGAAUUACAUAAUGGAACCUACUCUGAUAGUAUAAUUGAUAUUAUAUAUAUUUUAUCUCAAGUUUGAAUAAUCAGUGUUUUAUUUGUCUUAAUAUGUCACUCUCAUACGGUAUAUGUUUUAGUUUUUUUCCCAAAUGAUAAUUAUUCAAAUUGAAUGUAAAUAGAUAUGUCCUUUUUAUAAACCACACAGAAUUUCAAAAGUAUUAUUAGUGCCAUUUUUGGACAGUUUUUUCACGUUUAUGUGUUAUGUGUCUGUGUUGUUGAUCAGGUACGCAGAGUUGUUGUUAUUGUCAUAACGACUAGACUGAGCCAGAGCUAUUAUCAGAAAGCUAUUUCUUGUUUCCAGUUUUGUGUUUUUUGUUUUCUCUGUGAAUGCCAGAAUGGCUGAAAAUAACCACUGUACUCAAAAAACCAAACCAAUAAAAUGAAUGUUGAAUCUUUUGA